AGGAUUGGCUCGGCGCUGCAGCAGCCCGCCCUCCUCCUUCCCACAUCCCCUCCCCGCCAGCUUCGCUCCCUCUCUCCCCUGGCACUGGGGCGUCAGCCGGGGAGAGCCAGCCUUGAGGGGGACAGCCGUGGGAAAAGGGACUCCCCUUUCCCCCCUUCUCUGCUCCGGGACACGGGGCCGGUAACCCUCGGAGAAACUUACAGGGGGCCCAAGGAGAGUGUGUUCUAACUUUUCGGCCGCAGGACGGCGAAGAAAAAACAAAUAACAACCCGGUUUCGGAAGAGGUGGCCAAGGAAGCUCCUGAGGCACAUGCCCUGUCAGCCCAGACCAAGCUCCUGUCACCCACUGCCCCAUCCCAACCGUCUCCACUCACCCGGCAGCGGCAGAAAAACGGUGGAUUAACCCCAAAGCCUGCAGCCAGACGCAGCUUCCAGCAUCACCCACAGCCCCAAGGGUGACCCCAGACCCUCUCUGGGGACUGUCCUCUGCGGGUGGUUUUGUGAGCACAGGGCAGCAGCAGGACCGACCCCCUUCCCCCCCACCGCCAGCCGAGGUGCCGUGAGCCGAUUCCCUGGGAGCAUCGGAGCGGGAGCGAUGGGGAGGCCGGGCAUGUGACAGGCCCUCACAGCGCUGGAAGCCCGGGUUUUGGGGCAGGGGGCUUCUUCAAAGGCGGAGGCAAAGCCGAGGGGUGCACCAUGAGCCUGGGGAAGCUGCCAGUGCUGAGCUGGGUGUCGGGCUCCCACGGGAAGCGUCGGCUGAAGUCGGAGCUGACGCCGGACAUGAUCAGCCCGCCGCUGGGGGACUUCCGGCACACCAUGCACGUGGGGCGCGGCGGGGACGUCUUCGGGGACACCUCCUUCCUCAGUAACCACGGCGGCUCCGACUCGGCCAAACCCAACAACUUCUUCGCGCGGACGCUGCGGCACGUCCGUCGGACGCCGCUGCGGAGCCGGGGCGGCGGGGGCCAGGCAGGGGCAUCGCCGGCCCCCCCGGCCAUUUCGCCCAUCAUCAAGAACGCCGUCUCUCUGCCCGCUCUCAACGAGGCCGCCUACGAUGACGAUGAUGGCAGCGGCAGCGGCAGCAGCCGGGGCUUGACCAGCAAGUUCUCCUUCAAAAGUGCUUCCAACAGCUUCUCCAAAAUGCAGCAGGCCUACGGGCUGGAGUCUGGGUUUUGCACCAUCCCUCGCAUGCCUCGCUUGGAAAAGGCCCAAGAGAGUGCCUUCCCCGGGGAAGCAGACCUGACCAGCUCAGACUCCCUGCUCUCCUUCCGCCUGGACCUGGGGCCCUCCCUGAUGAGCGAGCUUCUCCAGGUGAUGAGCUUCUCCGAAACCAACGGGAACGAGAUGGGGGAGGAUGGCCCAGACCUCCCAUGUGGUGAGGAGACCAAGGUCCCUCCAGCACCAGGUGCAUCCCACGUGGAGGACAAGACAAUGCCAAGCUUCUGGGACCGCUCCGGGCAGAGCAGUCUGUCGGGGUCCAGCUCGCUGCCCGGACUGUCGGUCCAUGCCAACGGAGAGGCACACGCCAUUGAGGGCACUGCAGAGGACCCUGCCUGGGCGUCAGGGCCAGGGGCAGCAGCCAGAGGGACCCAGUGGCAGGGGCACUGGAACGACUGCACCAUCGAGGCAGGAGAGUUUGACCGGGCAGCCCAGGUCCUGGCUCGCCAUUACGGUGGGACCAGCACCCCCAGGAGCUCAGAGAAAGGCGAGGGUCCCCGGCAGGCCCGGACACAGACCCUCUGGGAGAGCCCUGGCAGCAGCUCGUGGCGCUCACAAGUGACAGAGGAGAGACCAUCCCAUGAGGCCACCUGGAACCAAGGAGAGGAGGAGGAGGAGGCCAGAUUCUCCAGCCUGCAGGAAGGGUACACUAGUGCCCAGGGAAGGCGCAACAAUUCCUUUGAGUAUGUCGAUGAGGAGGAUGAUGAGGACGAUGAAGUCAAGGUGUGAACGGCCAUCCCUCCCACCACAGCCCCCUGCCAGAGGCAUUAGGGAUGGGUUCUUUGCCCUCCUCCCCGUCUCCUAGCCUCAGACCCAGCGGGCCACCUCCUUUGCCAAGCUGGGGGCACUGGGGGGCUGGAGGGGCGCAGGAGGAGAGCCUAUCUCUUGGGGGGCUCCCUGGGGCCAAGUCAGUGAGGGCUGCACGUUGCAGCACUGGGCAUCGCAGCCCUUCCCCGGCCUCACUGCCCUUAGGUGUCAAAGGGACAUUCCCAUGUGCCAAAGAAACCCCAAGCCCCUUCCUACCCCAUCCCAUUCCGCCCAGGCCCUCUCACUCAUCCCUCAGCAUGUCCAGGGUUAUGCCUCAUCCCCCCACCAAAGCCCUCAGCCAUCAGCCUCCUGGAGGUAUUCCCACCAGUAGCUACAGCAGGUGCGAGACACAUCUAUCUACUGAGGGAGGGCAGCUAGGGGCUGAAGAGGCAGGCAGCCCCCACAGGGCUGAGCUUCCUCUUUCCCCUCCCCAGCACCAAAAGAGCUGUGAGCUCAGUAUUCAGGAGGUGAGAGCACACACAUAGUCUCUCCACUGCUGGGUGUCACUUAGGAUAUCUCCUUUUCCAACCCCCACCCCCUCGCAGCACAGAGAGGAGAAACUUCUUGGCUGGCUUGGAGGCAGAGGCGUAGAUGUUCAGGUCACCAAAUUCUGCAGCUCAGGCUUUAAAAAUCCCUUCCCCCUUGCCUCAGAACAAGGAGACUCCCACUCUGCAGCCACUGGGUGCGUGCCAGGUCUUCUCCCUCCUCACCCUGCUCCCCGUGCCCUGCACGGGAGGGAGGGAGGGAAUGAACCCCUCUUUCCAGCACACCAUCUGCAGCAGGGGCAGGCGGUGGGGUGGGCUGAUGCCCCUCGGACGGGCGCCGCUGUGCUGCUCCCCACGCCACCCCGCCUGCAGGCCCGGCCCGCACACAAGCGCCUUUGUGCCACGGCCUGGAGCCGGGAUGCUCGGGGGCUGAGCUCAGCGCAGGGACCCUCACAGGACCCCUCUUGUUCUCUGAGACAGGAGGGGGUGUGCGGUGGGGGGAGAGGCUGGGCUAUGGCUGUGCGGCUCCACUCCUCUGCCCGGCUGCUUCUGUCAGGGAGCUCUUCAGAGCAGCGUCAAGAGGCUGGGGCCUGCACGCGCGCUGCACGGGGGAGUGCUGCUCACAGUCAGGACCCUCUCUGGACACUGGCACCCAGAAAGACCAGCCUUACCACCCCUGCACCCUCUGGGGUGGGGGUCCUGGCUCUCAGGAUGAGGUUUCCCCCCAUUCCCCUCCGCUUUCCAGACUGUAACACAAGCUCCACACCAAAGACCCACAUCCAUGGAAUAUCCUUUCUGCCUCCACUCUGUAUCCCAUGCACUUACUGUCCUUAUUAAAAGUUUUGAUACUAA